AUGUCCGCCAGCGUCGGAUUUUGCGGCGAUACACCAUACGAGGACGCUCCGAUGGUGUCGAGUCGCCUCCUUAACAAUCGUAUCAGGAAGACUUUCGGGGCUAUCAGGCCCAGAUCAGGCACAACCACGCCCAUCACCCGCCCCUCUACUCCUGAAUCGGCCCCAGUCUUUCCUCAAGAAAUCCUCGAGCAGAUCCUCGCCGACUCUUCACACGACCACGAUACCCUCCGCGCCCUAGCUCUCACCUGCAAAUCCCUCUCCCCCCUCGCCCUUGCGCCUCUAUGGCACCGAGUCUCCGUCGGCCUCGAGUCCCGCUCCCCCAUGCGCACCCACUAUUUCGGCCCCACCACCCGCGAAAUCAUCAGCCUCGGCCUGCUCAAGCCGCCUACCCUCUCUAGCUUUUCUGCCGAAGUCCGCAGCUUGACGCGCAUCAUCGACUUUUACUUUCGGCAUUUCGCUUGGGCACUCGCCCUCUAUCGGCGAGAACACCGUUUACUCGAGCUGUUCGCGCAAGUCAAGGUGAUCCGUAUACACCUCGAUUCGCUGUGCGGGUACAUCUCCUCUGGCGGUGCCCCUUUCAAGUACAAGAAUGAAGACGCCGCCUACGAAAACUAUGUCGGUCGUCUGCCCGCUUGUGAGAAGGCAGUCUUUAUCGGGCCUUGUCGUAUGUCCUACUACGAACGGUGGUACGCGCACUGGAAAGAGCGCACAGAAUACGAGUCCAAAGCCCCCAAAAAGCUCGUCCUGCUCCUCAAAGCCAACGAGCACCCCAUCUCCUUCAAAUUCGGCUCCUUCCCCUACUCCAUCCUCUCCAACGCCAACAUCCCCACCUCCCGCCUCUCCGAUAUCACCAUCAUCUUCUACCAAGGACCCCUCCGCUCCAAGUCGCUCAAGUCGCUGACGGACGACUCGUGGCGUAAAGUCCGGGAAGACUUGGUCGAUGUCUUGAAGUUGUUGCGGCGCAAGUACCCGAGGACGCGGGUGACGCUGGUCAACACGGGGUGUUUCAAGUUGACUUGGCUGGGGUUUGAUAGGGGGGUGAAAGAAGGGGAGGUGCAGGAGAGGGUGAAGCAGGGGUUGAAGAAGGUUGGAGUUGCUAAGGGGGUGAGGUUGUUUGGGACUUUUGGGGGAGAGGUGGAGCGGAAGAGUCGGGAAGAUGAGGCGUCCUCCACACCUUCCUCAGUUGCGUCUGGGUCUGAGGGGUCCAUGUCGGACGAUGGGCUGCCAUUGAAAGAGCCGAUGAACGCUGGAAAGGAGACGGAGAGGCUGAUCACAUUGGACGAGUACCUGCAAACAGAAGACUGGGAAGGAGAGUUUGAUGAGGAAGAGGUGCAGCCUUGGCUUCACUGUUAG